AUGUUUAAUUUAAAUUAUACUCAAAUACCUAGUCCUUUAGAUCAGUUUGAAAUAAGAAAUCUAUUAAGUUUAGAUGCACCUAUAUUAGGUAACUUACAUAUCUCCUUAACAAAUAUAGGAUUAUAUUUAACAAUAGGUGGUUUAUUAAUAUUAACUUUAAGUGUAUUAACAACUAACUACAAUAAAAUAGUAAGUAAUAACUGAUCAAUAAGCCAAGAAGCGAUUUACACAACAAUACAUAGUAUUGUUACUAGCCAAAUAAAUCCCAGAAAUGGGCAAAUCUAUUUCCCUUUUAUUUACGCUUUAUUUAUAUUUAUUCUGGUGAAUAAUUUAGUAGGAUUGGUUAAAAGGAGCCUAGGUAUUAACAAUAAUAUUUUGAUAUACAAGUCACUUUGCAGUAACAUUUGCCUUAAGUUUUACAAUAGUUUUAGGAGCAACUAUUUUAGGGUUCCAAAAACAUGGCUUAGAAUUUUUUUCUUUAUUAGUACCCGCUGGUUGUCCUCUAGCUUUGCUACCUUUAUUAGUCUUAAUAGAGUUCGUUUCCUAUUGUGCCAGAAGUGUAUCACUGGGAUUAAGAUUAGGGGUCAUAUGCUAUUAAAUAUCUUAUCAGGUUUCACAUACAAUAUUAUGGCAAGUGGUAUUGUAUUCUUCUUCUUGGGCUUGGUGCCGCUUGCUUUCAUUAUAGCCUUCUCAGGUUUGGAAUUAGGUAUUGCCUUAAUACAAGCACAAGUAUUUGUGGUUUUAUCCGCAACGUCUUGCUAUGAAAGAUGCUCUAGAUCUGCAUUAACGUGGUUAGCUGAGUUAAUGAUUGCGUACAUAACUAGAUGCCUUUUAUUUUUUUUUUUAUAUUACUACCCGACAUUAAAAAUCCCACACAGUUGGAAUUUUUAA